AUGUCUCCCCCAUUCACCAAUUCCAACGGAUGUCCGAUCCCAGACCCACUCGCCAGUCAGCGUAUUGGUAAGCACGGCCCAUUGUUGUUGCAGGAUUUCAACUUGAUCGACUCUCUUGCUCACUUUGACAGAGAGAGAAUCCCUGAGAGAGUUGUUCAUGCUAAGGGUUCCGGUGCUUUCGGAUACUUCGAGGUCACUGACGAUAUCACUGACAUCUGUAGCUCCAAGUUCUUGGACACCAUCGGUAAGAAGACCAAGACCUUCACCCGUUUCUCCACUGUCGGUGGUGAGUCUGGCUCUGCUGAUGCUGCCAGAGACCCUCGUGGUUUCUCCACCAAGUUGUACACCGAGGAGGGUAACUUGGACCUUGUUUACAACAACACCCCUGUUUUCUUCCUUCGUGACCCUACCAAGUUCCCCCACUUCAUCCACACCCAAAAGAGAAGUCCCGAGACUCACUUGAAGGACCCAAACAUGUUCUGGGACUACUUGACCUCCAACGAGGAGUCUGCUCACCAAGUCACUAUCUUGUUCUCUGACCGUGGUACCCCCGCCUCCUACAGAGAGAUGAACGGUUACUCCGGUCACACCUACAAAUGGUCUAACAAGAACGGAGACUGGCACUACGUUCAGGUUCACUUCAUCUCCGACCAAGGUAUCAAGACCUUGACCAACGAGGAGGCUGGUGAAUUGUCUGGUUCCAACCCAGACCAUGCCCAAGAGGACUUGUUCAAGCAAAUUGCUAAGGGAAACCACCCAUCUUGGACUGCUUACAUCCAGACUAUGACUGCCGAGCAAGCCAAGGCUGCUCCAUUCUCCGUCUUUGACUUGACCAAGGUCUGGCCACACAAGGACUACCCAUUGAGAAGAUUCGGUAAGCUCGUUUUGAACGAGAACCCAAAGAACUACUUUGCUGAUGUCGAGCAAGCUGCCUUCUCUCCAAGUCACACUGUCCCAUACAUGGAGCCAUCUGCUGACCCAGUGUUGCAAUCCAGAUUGUUCUCUUACCCAGACACUCACAGACACAGAUUGGGUGUUAACUACCAACAAAUUCCAGUCAACUGCCCAGUUGCUGGUGUCUUCAACCCACACAUGAGAGAUGGUCUCAUGAAUGUCAACGGUAACUUGGGCAGCACUCCAAACUACUUCUCUGCUACCAACCAGUUCAAGACUGAGGAGUUUAAGCUCCAGGAGGAGCAAGAGGUUUGGGAGGGUGCUGCCUGCCCAUUCCACUGGAAGGCUACUGAUGCUGAGUUCACUCAAGCCCAGGCUUUGUACAAAACUUUGGCUAGAUAUCCUAACCAACAAAAGAACUUGGCCCACAACGUCGCUGUUCACGCCCUGGCUGCUGACCAUGCCAUCCAAGACAGAGUCAUUGCUUACUUUGCCAAGGUCAGUCAGGAGUUGGCAGACAACAUCAAGAAGGAGAUGUACGAGUUGAGUCCAAGAAAGUAA